GUUUGGAUAACGAAAUCACACUGAGAUACACGUACAAGAAAUAGUAGGAAAGGGAACCUUUGGUGUAGAUGAACACUGUAGAACCACUGUAUUUACUAUUAUUAAGUUAAAGUAUAUAACAAAUUAUUAUUAUUAUUUGUAGAGGCAGAUACUGUAUAUCUGCAAAAAAUAAAAAAGUUAGCGGCUUCCAUUGGAUAGUUUGAGGAAAUAUUAGGAGAUGGUGUCCACUCUCUCCUCUUUCCAGAGCCAGUUAGCUUCCAUCAUGGAGACACUCUUGCGAACAGCUGUGUUAGAGAUAAGCAGACUGGUGGAUGUGGAGUGUGAAGUGUUGCUGUCGGAGGUCAGCCGCAGCCGCAGUGAAAUCAGCGCGCUGAGAAAGAGACUGGAGGUCCAGCCCUGGACAAACACUGGACAAACACUCACACACACUUUCACAUGUGUUAAAAGUGAAGAUGCCCAAGAAGAGACGCACAAUCAUGUGAACAGGUGUGGAGGUGAUGUCCUAUUUAGAGACAGCCCAACAGUAAUUCAGCAAGACCAAAUACAAUGUGAUGUCAAAAUGUCAAAGGGCAGUCCACAGAAGACGUGUGAGGUCAACCAGCCAAUUAGUAUGAUAAAGCAGGAGCCACAUGAAGUAGAUGUUUGGAUUGGGCAAGACAACAGUGAAGCAGGAACCCACUGUGGUGAAGCCGUGAGCUUGUCGCCCACCAACGAUGUCCCUUGUGUUGACAGAGGAAGUAAUGCAGCUGCAAGAGUCCCAUCUAAAUCACAACCACAAGAACUGAACAGAAACUCCUCACCUGGAGAAAUGAUGGUGAACCAAACAGUGCUGUCAUUGUCUAAGAAAUCUGAAUCUGAAAACACACAGAGUUUGAGUGUGUCCACAAGCACAUGCGGUGCCAAUACUAUUUCAGGGGACAAGCGUUUUGUUUGCACCUACUGUUCAAAGUGGUUCAGGUGUUUUAGUCAACUUACAAUACAUCAGCGGAGUCACACGGGUGAGAAGCCAUACAGGUGCACACUUUGCGGGAAGAGGUACAUUCAGAAAGGACACUUGUACACCCAUCAGCGCACCCAUACCGGAGAGAAGCCGUAUCGCUGUCCGCUCUGUGGAAAAGGCUUUAUACAGAAAUGCACUCUAGACAUGCAUCUGCGAAGUCACACCGGAGAAAGGCCCUACACCUGCACAAAAUGUGGGAAAGGGUUCACUACGAAAUUUAAUCUCAACAAACACCUGUCUUGUCAGUCCUGCAACAGCAUCAGUUAAUGAAUGACAAUGAGCUUGAGGAAAGUGAGCUCUUGAUUGACUUUAGUUUUAAACUCUGGUUUACGUUAUUUAUUUGUUUCAUCAUUAUGAUCACAGGGGUAGAUCAUUUUAAACAAUGUAUAGUUUGUUAUAAUAGCUGUCAGGUCAGCAUUAAAUACAAAACAUGUAAAAAAAAAAAAAAAAGGCAUUUGUUUUAUUUAAUAUUAUUAUUGUCUUUUUUUCCCCACAGAAUGCAAAUAACACAUUUUUUAUGGGCAAACAACUUAGAUAUUCUGCCAUCAUUUCUAUAAAUGUUAUUCUUUUCGUGAUAUUAAAAAUUCAACAAAUCAAUGUUUUAUUUUUAUUUUUAUGAUUAUUCUGAAAACCUUUUCACGGCGAAUCUACACGGUGGUUUACGGUAAUUCGUCCCAUAAUCCUUUUCUGCCAAACGCUAUUUAUGGUUUGUUUCUACAAAAAACACCGAGAAGAAUAGCGACAGUGUCUAUCUAGAAGAAGAAACCGCUUCAUUAUAACAUUAAAGGUUCCCGUGAACGAUGAACAUCAUGAAUACCUCUGAUUUUCAGUCGCAGUUAACAUCCAUAAUGGAAAUUAUGGCGAGAACCGCUGUUGCUGAAAUAAGCAAACUUUUCGAGGAAAAUUCUUUGUUGCUGCGAUUAGAGAUCUCACGAUAUACAAACGAAAAUGAAUCUCUGAAAAAGAAAUGUCAUUUUUUGGAGAGUGAACUUCAGUCUGCCCGGAAAACCGCUGGAAAGAUGAACGGGACAGAAGCUCCAUUCAGCCAUCCGGGACAUAACGUUAGAGAGCGUUUGGACCCAGAAGCGCUGCCGUGUGACAUCAGACUUAACAACCAAAUUCCUAAAUUGGGCGGCACGAUAGCUCAGUGGGUAGCACUAUCGCCUCACAGCAAGAAGGUACCUGGAUCAACCCCGGAUGAGGAGGGUUGGGGAAAGCCCUGGCAACUUACACAUAUGGCAAAAGCAGACACUGGACAUCGUCCCACAAUUGACAGUGUCUUCGGUAAAGAAUGGUGCAUGAACCUCUGGAGACAUGAGGAGUCAAAUGUUGGUGAGCAGGAGGACGACACACACCUGGACUCUUCAGUCAUCUCAGAAGAGCCAGUAAAUCUGCUGGAUGAAGAACCAGAUGUGAUUAUGAUUAAAGAAGAGUCGCUGAAGAUUGACGAUUGCUCUGGGAAAAACAAACCUGAGGGAGACCAAAGUAACAGUUUGAAAGGACCAGCAAUGGCCAGUGAAAACAGUUGUGUUGCCCAGAGCUCUGAAGAUUUUAUCACAUACACGGUACCGUCGGAUGAGCAAGUCCAGCCGAACAUACCACAACAGCCACAUGCCGAAGAACAAACUCUUGAAGGAACAAUUUCGACACAUGAAGACUGUACAGCAGGGUCAGAUUUGAGCCCUGAUGUUGGAUUUUUUCCUAACAACCUAAGUUACAACCAGAUGACAGUCACACAAAAGAAGAAAUUAAAUUGUGUUUUCUGUGGGAGAACCUUUGAGUAUUUAAGCCAUAUGACAAAACACAUGCGAACACACUCUGGAGAAAAACCGUUUGUCUGUACAGUUUGCGGUCGACGGUUUGCUCAAAAAACAUAUCUCACAACUCACGAGCGCACUCAUUCUGGUGAGAGGCCGUACGCGUGCAUGGAGUGUGGGAAGAGCUUUUCUCAGAAAUCUUCUCUCAAUGUUCACCUCCGAAGCCACACUGGAGAAAAACCAUUUAACUGUUUAGAGUGUGGGAAAAGCUACGCGUACAAAAUUGCUCUUAAAUCACACCGGUGUGUUAGUUAGAAUAGAAAUGAAUUGUUACUGAAUAUUAUGUGUACUUAGUUUUAGUAUGAAACUACUGUCUAGGGCUGCGUUUCGUGAGCUAAGUUGAUCGUAGAGACCAUACAAUGCUUUUGGGAAAUGCAGCCUAGGUCAUUAUAUAUUAUCCUUGUUAUCUGUUUGUUGAUAAGGAUAAACAUGUUGGGAUACUAUUGAAUAAAAUACAUUAAAAAUUGAAAA